AUGGCUGAAAUAUCCAAUGAUAAAAAAGAAAACGAGCGUUCAAGUCCUUCCCAGGAUACGAUAAUUAAAAUGUGGGUUCUCCUUGAGGGUCACCCAAGUCCUCGUAAAUUGAAAGCUGACUUAUUACAAGUUUCUGACUUGGAAGAUUUUAAGGAUGUUCUCAAAGAAAAGAUUCAAGUGUUAAAAAAUAUCGAACCGGAUGAUAUUGUGUUCUUAAACCAUGACGAUCGCAAUACACUUAUUCCACUAGGCACUCCCCUUAAACCUCUGGCAAACAAUACAACGGAUAUAAAGCCACUC